AUACCCUAUGACGGAAACCGUUGCACUGCACUGCAGAAGUAAAAAAAAACAAAUGCACAUUACACCACAGCUAGAAGCUUUUCUAGUUUUAAUUCUAACUAUAAAUAUUUCUAUGAGUUAAGCUACACGAUUAGUAUUACUCUGUACUCAAUGUUGUGUAAACUUUCGCUCGGAAGUGUCGAAUUUAACAUUUGGUGAAUAGCGUGAUUCCUCAAGUUGCAUUCAGUCUUUGCCAAAAUGUCGGCCAACACUCAGAACUAGAUGAGAUGAAAAACUAUCCAGAAGAUGAAAAACUAUCCAACUACACAGAUGAAAAACUAUCCAACUACACAGAAAUUCUAAUAUCUCCAGCUCACGAUUUUUGGCAAGAUGCCAAACACUUAUUUAAAACGGAUGAUUUGUUUUCCCUUACUGAAAUGACUACUAGUGACUUCAUUCAACUAGUUCAUCUGAUUGGUUUAACGACAACGGACUACGCUUUGAAACAUCCGAAAGUUCAAGAGUUGCUGCAUGAUAAGAAAUUAGAAUUUGACUUGUUGUUAGCUGAACAAUUUUACCAGGAGGCGUUUUUAGCGCUAGCAUAUAAGUACAAGGUUCCAGUGGUCACAAUGGCAACACUAGGAUUUGGAAACUACAUGAGUCAAAUGAUGGGCUUCAUUACACCUUUGUCGUUCGUGCCACACGGAUAUCUGACUUUUGAUGAUCAGAUGACUUUGUACGAACGAUUUGUGAAUACUUAUAUCUCUCUCUAUGAAGAUUUCGACCGUGAGAUGAUUUACUUCCCAAAACAGGAUGCACUAGUGAAAAAGUAUUUUUCUCAUUUGGAAAGUCCAAUUCCAUCUGUAUCAAAAAUGGAGAAAAACAUCUCAGUUAUACUGUUGAAUAGUCACAUCCCGCUAACCACUCCACGACCAUCAGUACCGGGUAUGAUUCAGGUUGGAGGAUUGCACGUAAAGGAGCCCAAACCAUUACCAAAGGAUAUUAAACAAUUUCUAGACGGAGCAGAAAAUGGAGCAAUCUACUUCAGUUUAGGUACGAAUCUACGAAGCUCCGACAUCCCAUCCGAAAAACUUUCUGUACUACUAAAAGUAUUGGGGAGCGUGAAACAACGCAUUUUAUGGAAAUGGGAAGACGAAAAGAUCCCGCAACUACCCAAAAAUAUAAUGGUUAAGAAAUGGAUGCCUCAGAGUGAUAUUUUAGCUCACUAUAAUGUUAAGGUUUUUAUUACCCAUGGUGGGUUAUUCGGAACACAAGAGGGUGUUUAUCAUGCCGUUCCUAUGCUAGGAAUUCCCGUGUACUGUGAUCAGCACUUAAAUAUGAAAAAAGCAACUAGAGACGGCUAUGCGAUUUAUCUUCACUUUCCAAACAUUACGGAAGGGUCGUUCUCAUGGGCGCUAUCAGAACUUUUGUAUAAUCCCACAUAUAUGCAAAACGUACAGCGAAUUUCCACUAUAUUUCGGGAUAGACCAAUGCCAGCAUUAGAUACAGCCAUGUAUUGGAUUGAAUACGUUAUUCGACACAAAGGGGCCUCACAACUCAGAUGCGCAGGACGGGACUUGUCAUGGUAUAGUUUCUACUUAUUAGAUUUAGUAUCUAUUGUACUGGGGGUAGCAUUUACUGUUAUUGGUGUUAUUUACCUGUUAUGCUUAUUACGAUCAAAAAAAAUUUCCAAGAAAGAAAAAUAUCAGUAAGUUGAAGCUUCAUUGACAGUAGGUGAUGGAAUUGAAUAUAAUAUGAAUAUAAUA